AUGUUUGUUUUUUUUAUUUGUUUUUUUUUUGUUUUUUUAAAUUAAAGAAAUACAAACUCCCAUCUCAGGAAAAGAUCAUAUUUUCAUAUAAAAUUUUAUUUUAAUUUUUAAAAUUUGAAAUGUAAAGAAAUAAGAAUUGGGUGCGGAUCAUUAUCUGUUUUGGUUGAAAAUGUUGUUAUUGAUGCCGGAUAAUUGUAAAUUCUAUGCUUAGAAGUUCUACUAAUAUACGUUUUAGUAAAUAUAAUGCGGAACAUAAUAAUAAGCUUACUACCCUGGAGCUUAAUUAUAUGUAAUAUAUUACGGUUGAAUUUACUAUAUGGCUAUAGGAUAUUAAUAAUAUAUAAUAUUCUAAUACGGAGCAGGCUAGAAUUAAACUUGAUUAUAUAUGUUAUAUUGUUAAGGUGGAGGGGCGUAUUGUUGAGUUUACCCAUAAAGAUUUUAUUAGUCGAAAGUUGUAUUAGAAAUGAAGCUAUUGUAAUUAAUAUUAUUUUAAGUUUGUAUUCUAUCUUAAGAAAAUACAUAAGAUCCCAUCAUAUAAAUUAAUUAGGUAUUUCACUCUAGUUAAUUAGGAGGAAAAAAUGA